GACUCAUCUUGCAGCGCAUUCGCUCAAUCACACAUACCUUCUCACACCCCCUCACUUCAUACAAACUUCAUCUUGUCCCUGUACUCCUUUCAUCGCUCCUUAUCCAAUACUUCACCAUACCACUACGCCUCACCCUUCACUUUUGUCCUUCCUCACACAUCACAUCUUCCUAUCUAACUACUACCAACCCAUGUCUUCCCUCGUCGCAUCCACUGCCAACAUGAACAUCAACGACCUCGAGAUGGACGACUACGAUUCAGAGUCUGAAUACGUCCCUUCGGACCCUCCUAGUCCCUCGGCCCUCUCAUACGACUCAUCAGCCGACACGACCUUUGACGACGAUGCUGAAGACGAAAGCGAUGAUGAUGAGGAAAACAAUGACGACAUGGGAGCAAGCAAAUAUCAUUGCCCCCCCUUGACCUUGUCCGCCAUGGUUGUCGAAGCGAACAAAGAUGAGUCAGGCUUUCCGACGCUCAGUAAUCCUCUGGCGGAAAACCUCAUGGCCGAUGCCCUCUCUCGACUUGCUGCACCCCAUGCCGAUCGAGCCGCCAUCCUCCAAGGUAUGAUCAAGACAUUCACCAAUGACCCAGAUACCAUCCAAAUGUACCUCAACGCCGGACUCGUCGACGAUAACAUCGCUCGAUCCAUCGCCGAUAAAUAUGCCGAAUCACUCGAAGAGCAGCGAAUGAAGGACCUGCGUGCGAACCCAGAUUUUGAUGCUUACAAGGAAGCCGUCCAGAAUGCCUUUACUAGACCCAUCAACACUGCCGAAGAAAAGAAAGCUCUGCUGCAAACCCUUGCCCAGUACAUCGAUACCUACGCCUACGUCGUCCCUAGAGGAUCGUCAUACCCUCUGCGAGCAAAGGCCCUCGAAGGCCUCGCUGCUAUCGGCGAACAGACUCUCAAUGCACCUGUCCCCGUCAGAGACCUCAUCAUCGGGUCAACGGCGGUCGGCGCAAAGCUUGGACUGGCGAUCAAAAAGUUGGUCAACGAAGCUGGAUUCCCAGAGGAGAGGAAGAAACACCGAGGAUACAUCAAGCGGACCGGGUUGGCAGCGAGGUUCAGGGUCAUCAUGGAUGCUUGGAAUACGGUCAACAUUCACAGUGCAGGUCUCAACGAUCUGUACAACUGACUAGAACGCCCCCUUGUCAGGGAGUAUACCAUCGUUCCCAUCACGACGGUGAAAAGGCGGAUGUUUAUGAUUACUUGUUAGGCUUGGAUGUUUCCUUUGGGUUUCUUUAUUGGGUAGAAUCAUCUUACCGGAUGUGAAUGUAACAAUUUGACGACGAUCACCAUUACCUUGUCUGUCGGAUCUUGU